UUGAGGCGACAGUAUAAACACGUAAAUGUGUAAAACAUAUUGUGUUUUUCCUUUAUUAGAACGCUGUUCCAGAGAAUCUGGCUAUGUGUAUAGCAAAAUAUUUAACAGUUGCUACAAGCUCCAACCGGAAAACGCUUCCUUAUCAUAUGCUGAUUAUAGUCCUUUCUGUGGAAAUGAAGGAGGUGAACUUAUGAAAAUUGAUUCAGAGAAGAAACAACAACAUAUUACAGAUUUUCUUGAUCAGUUCCAAAUUACAACAUGGAUUUUGUUCCAAGGAUAUCAUCGUACAGACGAGUUACAUUGGUACUAUAACGAUGGGUCAAUUAUGUCUUAUUUUAAUUGGCACCCAACUCAGCCUGAAAAGACUUUACAUCAGGUUGACGAAAUCAUUGGUAUGAAAAGAUAUGAUGGCUAUAAAUGGCAUGAUCUAUGGUUAACCUAUAAAGGAGCAUUUUUGUGUGAAAAAAGAAUCUUGGAAUAUUGAUGAUUUUUGUAUUCAAAUAUGACUAUAUGUA